AACUGUCCCUUAGAUCACUUCCAUUUUCCUCAAAAUCUAUGCACUCUUGAAAUAUCAAAGCGCGUAUCAUCUCCUCUGUACUAGCGCGUGGUAUGCGCCAGUCCGAUGGAAAAAGAAAAUAAAAUAAAAAUUAUUUUAGUUCCCGGGAAACAAAAAAAACGCGAACAGAAAACAGCUAUAUAUGUAUCCAACUCCCACUCUGCGAAACCGGAAGACAACUGCUACCUCUCUCUCUCUCUCUGUGUGUGUGUCUCGUAGCAAUUCACUGUCUCUUCUGCUUAUCGUUUCAAAAUUCUAAUACGUCUCUCUAGAAAGGGCGAUGGAGGUUGAAUCACCUUUACAUUACUCCCUUAACAAAAUGGACAUUUCUCGUGAUUUUCGACCUCCUCAGGAUGAUCAUAAUCUCAGGUCUCAGAUGGUCAGCGGUGAUAGGAAAUAUGAAGAAGUUCGAAUGCUGGAGUUAGCUGUUCAUGAUGAUGUGACUGCGGUGGAUUCAGGUGAGACUGCGGCGGUGAAGCUGCAGAAGGUUUAUCGGAGUUAUCGUACACGGCGUAGGUUAGCUGACUCUGCUGUCGUGGCUGAAGAGCUCUGGUGGCAAGCGAUAGAUUAUGCGAGACUAAAUCACAGUACUAUUUCGUUUUUCAAUUUCAUGAAACCGGAAACUGCUGUUUCUAGGUGGAAUCGUAUCAGCUUAAACGCUUCUAAGGUGGGAAAGGGAUUAUCCAAAGACGCCAAAGCACAAAAAUUGGCUUUUCAGCAUUGGAUUGAAGCCAUUGAUCCAAGGCAUAGAUAUGGGCAUAGCUUGCAUCUGUACUAUGAAGAGUGGUGCAGGACAAAUUCUGGUCAACCAUUUUUUUACUGGUUGGACAUUGGAGAUGGUAAAGAACUUGAUCUUGAAGACUGUCCAAGGUCAAAGCUGAGACACCAGUGCAUUAAGUAUCUAGGACCUAAAGAGAGAGGAUACUAUGAGUAUAUUGUCUUUGAAGGCAGAAUUGUGCAAAAAUACACUGGAAAUCUUCUUGAUACGUCCAGUGGGUCAAAAGGAGCCAAGUGGAUUUUUGUCAUGAGCACCUUUAAGAGGCUGUAUGCUGGUGAGAAAAAGAAAGGAAAGUUUCAUCAUUCAAGUUUCUUGGCUGGAGGUGCUACAUUAGCUGCAGGAAGGCUAGUGGCAGAGAAUGGAAUUCUUAAGUCCAUUUCUCCAUACAGUGGACAUUACCGGCCAACAGAUGAUAGCUUUGAUAGCUUUUUAUCCCUUCUAAAGGACAAUGGAGUCAACCUUGACGAAGUUCAGAUAAACAAGGCAAGUGAAGAUUCUGAUAUCUAUGAUGAUGGCAAAUUCAGCGGAAGCAAGAUGAUAAAUGAAACUUUAAGCAAGUCAAAGCCUCCCGAACUUGAACUGCCCAACGAACAGAAGGAUGCAACCUCGGAACCAGCAGAAGUUAAGCAAACUGAAAAUGAAGGCAUAUACAAAAGGACUUUAUCUGGCGGUCUCCAAAGCCCAAGGGCUGAAGUGCCGAGGACAGUUAUUUUGCAAAGAAUCAAUUCUAAGAAAGCGGGAAAAUCAUACCAACUGGGGCAUCAGCUGUCACUCAAAUGGUCAACAGGAGCUGGCCCAAGAAUUGGUUGCGUUGCAGACUACCCAGUAGAAGUUAGAUUGCAAGCUUUGGAAUUUGUUAACCUAUCGCCAAGAAGCCCACCCACUCCGUCUUACUAUAGGCGGGUCGCUGGUCUCGCAUCACCUACAACUCAACCCAUCUCAGAUGCUGCAAACGGUGAUGGGAACUCUUAAAUGGAAAGCUUUUUGCCUAGUGGGUACUCGAGUGAAUGUAGAUAGUCAGCCACUUCUUUAUGUCACUUCAGCCUUUCUGGAAUGCUAAUAACAUCUGCCCUUAUUUACUGCGUUUCAUAAUCACUAAUUUUAUUUUCGAUCCACUGUCUUUGGAAAAUGUUAUGGUCGUAGGCACAACCUUAUGUAUUAUGGUUAUCAAGAAACAAGAUUUUGGUGCUUUAGUAGGCAACUUGUGUCUUGACCCUGUCAAGUCGUAAUGUCAACGUUUCUGAGUCAA